CUUGGACUGCCGGCCACUUCAAAGUGAAGUGAAGUCAACAAACAGAAUCACAGCUCCCCGCCUCGAGGUCUGUGACAAAGAUGAUCAACUAUACAUGAUUGCCCGCACCGAAUGAUGCAGCAUCACUUGGACCACUUACCCUGCAAGGAUGCGCAAGACAUUACUUCUUGUAUUCAUCCACGGAUUCAAGGGUGGUGAUGACACCUUUGCUACCUUUCCCGAGCACCUCCGCGCAUUGGUCAGCCAUGCGCUUCCCAACAUCGACGUUAUCGCCUUGACCUAUCCCAGGUUUGAGACCCGAGGCGACUUGAAGGACUGCGUGGCACGAUUCAAAGAAUGGCUACAGAACAAAGUCAUCGACCUGGAGGUCGCUCGCUCUACUCCCUCGCCAACAAUCGACCCAUCGAUCCAUGUCAUGCUGCUCGGUCAUUCUAUGGGCGGCAUUGUAGCGGCAGAGACAUAUAUACAACUCUCCAGUGAUCAACCAAUUCCCAGCACGGCCUCACGCCAGAAUGUCAGCACGCCGAGUUUCCCCUCGAACACAACCCUGAACUCAACAACCUCUACGUCUCAUCCUACCCCGUCCGAGCAAAAUGAUAGCUCCCACCCCACCGGCUUCAUGUUCCCACACAUUCAGGGAAUACUAGCCUUCGACACACCCUAUCUUGGGCUUGCGCCUGGUAUGGUCGCCCACGGGCUAGAGGGAGGUCAUAAAGUCGUGGCCAACGCCUACAAUACCUACACCGAAGUUGCAUCCAUAUUUGGCUGGGGUUCGAAAUCAGAACCAAAUAUAGCCUCGUCCUCCAAGUCCAAGCCUGUUGCUGCCCUUCCUGCGCCGACCUCCGCCACAGCAGAUGCAGCAGCAACGCCCAAAUGGCAAUCGUGGGGCAAAUAUGCCAUGUUUGCAGGUGCUGCCGGCGCGGUUGUCGCCGGCGGUGCAGCAGCGCUCUACUCGCAACGCGAAAAGCUUACUGCUGGCUGGCAAUGGGCCAGUGACCACUUGCUGUUCGUGGGAGAGCUUUUCAAGCCCGAGUACCUACGCAAGAGGGUCGAGGGUGUCGAGCAAGCUUUCAAGGAGCGUGGUGGCGGCUGUGCGAACCUGUACUCCAAUUUGGGACGGGGUGCGCGAGAAGGGUAUGGCAUUACGGCCAGUGUGGCUGGGAGUGAACGGACAUUCUGCAAUCUGCCGGUCACUGUCACUAAGGACGGCAAAGGAACCAAAGCGAUCGAGGCUGGCGAUGGAUUUAAAUGGAUCAAGACGAUCAAUGACAAAGCCGUGGACGAGACGACGGCGCAUACUUCCAUGUUCAUUCCGAGGGAGAACCCUGGAUUUUACGCCCUCGGCGAGCAGGCCAAGGAAUGUGUGACAGCGUGGGUUGAUCAAGGCUGGUAUCAUGCCAGUGACGGGCCGACUUUUUUAGGCAAGGAUCGCGGCAUCACGUACGGAGAGGUGGGCGACGAGUGGGAGAAGCCCGAUUACAACACCGAGGAGGUCAAAGCAAAGGAGCGGGAAAGGGACAGAUACGGCGGUAGUUAUGCGUACAAAGACGAAAACGACGAAGUCAGGAUGACGGAUGAGGGGCUGGAAGAUGAGGAUCUUGAGGACAGUGUCAUUGUGGAAAAGGCGGCACAUGGCGAAGUGCCUUUGCCGAAAUCGAGGAGUGACACUGGGUAGUAAGAUGUGCGGAAGCUGGUAUGGAUUAACAUAAAGACACGACAUGGCACGACGGGCCGGGAAGAUUACGAACAUACACGUAUUAAGAGGAACGAAGGUGGAACGGAGCAGUCUGCUUUCAAAUACCCAUACACCGGUUCCGAGUAGCUAGAUACUCAACCAAACUCGUAGAUUGAAACACAUAUUUGACGAAU